GACCACUCCGUGUUACGCUGCUUGUGGCGAUGACGUCCUUAUAUAAAGAGACUGCCGUCGUUUUUCACCAAUGGUCGUGGGUCUCUGGCUGUUUCCGUAUCCUUGCCAUGGAAACACAAUUAUCUAAGCCAAGGAACUCAUGGUAUAGGGUGGGGCUAACUGGUGGUAAGGGCGGAGCUCAUAGUGAAGUUACUGCAAAGAGCUCUAUAAGAAAACGACUCAGUCGGAGACUAAUGCAUUGUGUUAAACAAAAGCUUGCUGGCAUAUUGCGCUGCUCUAGCAAGAUACAACUAUUCCUUUUGAAACCCAACAUAAGUCUUUGGAAUCCAAGAAAAGAGACGAGGAUCUACUUUAACUGACAGAGAACUCUUGGCCUCUAAUCCAUCCAUUCUCUUCAGGGUCUUGCAGAUGAUGGUGUGAUUGGGUUUGGCUUCUUCCAUUCUCUACCCAGCGCAUCUCUGGUUUCAAACCCUCAACACACCACACCUCCCUAAUGUCAGAGGAUUCAGACCCGGGGUGCAGCUCCAUGCCCAGGGGGGCCUCCUCGUGCAGCUCCAUGCCCAGGGGGGCCUCCUCGUGCAGCUCCAUGGCCCAGCUCCAUCGUAUGAGCAGCUACGGCCAGGGUGGUCCAGACCUGGGUCUUGCCUCAGAGGGCAGUGACCGCAUCGGGCGUAAGAACGUCCGUUCACGUUACCGCCACGACGACGUCGAGAUGAAGAGCAGUGGCUCCAGCGAGACCGAGUCACACGGCAACGAGAGCCACGGAAGCCAUGGAAGCGAGAGCCACGGCAACGAGAGUCAUGGCAACGAGUCGACAGGCAGCUCCAACGGCAACAGCAAGGACUCUGCCCUCCUGGAGUCGUCUGGGAGUAACAAGAGCCCCUCUCCUCCCAGUAGUUCCAAUGCCUUCAGCCUGCUGAGUUCAGAGCAGGACAACCCCUCCACCAGCGGCUGCAGUAGUGAGGAGUCCGCUAAGACCAAGACCCAGAAGGAGCUGCUCAGGACCGCCAAGCAGCUCAGACAUCUCCUGCCUGCUGACAAGAGGAACAAAGGCAACAAGUCCAGCUCCCUAAACACCCUGAAAUACGCACUGCGCUGCAUCAAACAGGUGGAAGCCAAUGAGGAGUACUACCAGCUGCUGAUGACCAAUGACAGUCAGCCAUCAGGUCUGGACGUGUCCUCUUACACCAUCGAGAAGAUAGACAGCAUCACCUCAGAGUACACCCUCAAAAACAAUGACAUCUUUGCUGUAGCUGUAUCUCUGAUCACGGGAAAUAUUGUCUACAUCUCAGACCAGGCCGCCUCCAUCCUCAACUGUAAACGGGGCAUCUUCAAGGAUGCCAAGUUUGUGGAGUUCUUGACUCCCCAGGACGUUAGUGUUUUCUACAGCUUCACCACGCGCUACCGCCUGCCCUCCUGGAGCAUGUGCACUGGAGCAGAGUCAUCCCGGUCGGACUGCAUGCAGGAAAAAUCGUUCUUCUGUCGGAUCAGUGGAGGUAAGAAGUGUGAGGGGGACCUGCAGUACUACCCAUUCCGUAUGACCCCCUACCUGAUGAAGGUGCAGGAUAAGGUCCAUUCUGAGGACCAGUUCUGCUGCCUCCUACUGGCUGAGAAGGUGCACUCCGGAUACGAGGCUCCCAGAAUCCCUAGUGACAAGCGCAUCUUCACCACCACACACACUCCUAGCUGUGUCUUCCAGGAUGUGGAUGAGAGAGCUGUUCCACUUCUUGGGUACUUCCCCCAGGAUCUGAUUGGCACCCCAGUCCUUCUUCUCAUGCAUCCCGAUGACAGGCCUGUCAUGUUGGCCAUUCACAAGAAGAUCCUUCAGUACGCUGGCCAGCCGUUCGACCACUCCUCCAUCAGGUUCUGCACGCGGAACGGAGGGUACGUCAUCGUCGACACCAGCUGGUCCAGCUUCGUCAACCCCUGGAGCCGCAAGGUCUCCUUCGUUAUCGGGAGGCACAAAGUCCGCAUAGGCCCGGUGAAUGAGGAUGUGUUUGUGGCCCCGCUCCCUGCCCUCAUGGAGACUAUGGACUCUGAAGUCCAGGAGAUCACUGAGCAGAUUCACAGAUUGCUACUACAGCCGGUGCACAACACUAGCGCCAGUGGCUACGGUAGCGUGGAAAGCAACGGCCGCCUUGCGGCAUCUCAGGUGAUGACCAGCGAGGGCAGCCCAAGCAGGACACGCGUCGAGGAGGAGGGGGACAGCAGCUGGGCCAAACCUAGAUCCUUCCAGGAGAUCUGUAAAGGUAUCCACCUCCAGAAGAGUCAGGAACAGCAGAUCUACCAAGCCUCCUCCUCAGCCAGGCCUGAGACCAACAAGAGCCCUGGCAAGUUCCUCCAGAAGAGUCCAGCAGUGGUGCGUUCCAAGGAAUCUGCAGCCCCUGUGGCCUCUCUGAGUUGGAGGGUCAGUGCUGGGGUCAGUGCUGGGGUCAGUGCUGGGGUCAGUGGGCUGAGCCUGGAGGACAGCAGCAGCAGGACUGCAGUACAGGAGGAGCAGCUGGCCUUCAACGACCAGACGGUCUACUCCUACCAACAGAUCAGCUGUCUGGACAGUGUCAUCAGAUAUCUAGAGGGCUGUAAUGUUCCCAUCACUAUGAAGAGGAGAUGCCACUCUUCUGACAACACUAUGUCCUCAGAUGAGGACAAGCAGAAAGGAGGGGACAAUCCCAUGCAAUUAUCUGAAGACCCUGCACUGUUUAAGCAUCAGCCUGGUCUAACCCCUGUGGAUGGCGUCAUCGCAGACAAAAAGACAGACGCUACGACCUCAGCCACAGGGGCAGUGGGCUCCUCCCUGGCGGCCCUCGCUGUGCCACCGUGCGGCAAAGCCGAGAGCGUGGUGUCAGUAGCAAGCCAGUGUAGCUACAGCAGCACCGUCGUGCAUGUAGGAGAUAGGAAACUGCAGCCCGAGUCAGAGAUCAUCGUAGAUGUAUCUGUGGCUCGGGAGGAGGUGGAGGGGGGGAGCCAGACUCCUCAUUCUCCCCCCAAUGCUGUUUCACCUCCCAGCCUGGAGAGGGAGCCCUAUAAGAAGCUCGGUCUGACCAAGCAGGUCCUAGUAGCCCACACCCAGAAGGAGGAGCAGACCUUCCUGUGUCGCUUCAGAGAGCAGAGGGGAGUCCAGGCCUUCCAGGCCAACUGUUCCCAAUACCUGGAGCGCCAGAAGGGACAGGGUGCCGCUGAUGCUCUGACCGCUGUGCGCCCAUGCAAGCAGACCGAGCCCGCUGCCCGUCGAAGUGGGCGCAACAAGAAGACCAAGUCUAAGCGGGUGAAACAGAACGAGUCGUCCGACAGUUCCGUGUCUCAUAGGAGAAGACAGCCGCAGCCCCGACCCCACCUCCUCAACCAGGGCCUCAACCAGACCUCCUGGUCCCCCUCCAACACCUCCCAGUCCACUUUGCCGCCCCUAGCUUACCCCACCGUGGUGCCAGUCUACCCCCUCCAGGUCUACCCUGGGGCGGGCACCAUGCCUACCCACCCAGAGAAUUCAUUGGCAGGCUUCGGUGACAGCCAGGAUCCCCAGUGCCCGCCACCAAACAUCCAGCCCUCACCCUUCUCUACUCCCAUGGUGACCCCCGUGGUGGCUCUGGUUCUCCCCAGCUGCAUGUUUCCUCAAAUGGGAAGCGAGGCUCCAGGACAGCAGCCUUUUUACCAGGCCGAGAAAGCCGGCUUCCCCUCUCAGUCACAGCCCUUCCACCCACAGACAUCCUUACCUGCUCAGGGUCCUUUCCCGGCUCAGCCACAGGCCUUCCCCCUACUGACGGCCUUCCCAAUCCCCGCCCAGCCUUUCUCAUUCUCCAUGCCCAUGGAGGCUCCCAAGCCACCUGGGGAAACCACCCAGUCUCGCUGCUCCCCGCAUGGGACCAUGGGCGGCAUUGACCAAGCGUCCUCCCCUCCAUUGUUCCAAUCAUGGUGCAGCUCGCCCCUGCAGCACAACCAACUGCAGCUGGAGGAGAUGCGGUGCUCCCUGGAGAGACGGGACGGCAUGGUGGUGGUGCCCUCCGUUGGCACACAAGGGAAUAACACUGUCAACAUGAAGGGAGGGAGCGUGGUCUGCCAAGCCAUGGAGAAGGUCAAGGAGCUUCAGCAGGUGGGCUUGCCGGGCAACGGUAACCAUAGCGACGUCAAUUCGUCAUCGAGUGACCUGCUGGACAUCCUGCUCCAUUCAGAGUCUCGUUCAGGCACCAGCUCAGGCACUUCAGGGUACAUGGGUUUCAGCUCUAAUGGCUGCGGAACCUCAGCUAGAACGUCUAACAGCGGAAUGUCUAAUAACAGUGGAACGUUGGGAUGUAGAACGUCAGCUAGCGGAGUAUCUGGCAGUGGCACAGUAAGCAGCAGCCACACAAGCAACAACAGCAGCAACUACUUUGGCACCGUGGACUCCUCCCAGAACAGCUACCAGCAGGUCAAAGUGCACUCCGGCGGCGGGAGUGGUGGUAGCGUUAGCGAGGGGCGGCCAAUGGAGGUAGAGCAAAGCCAAUAUGACAAGUAUGUACUGCAGGAUCCGCCGUGGUUAGUCACCGCCAACGCUGACGACAAGGUCAUGCUGACCUAUCAGAUGCCCUCCCGGGGCUUCGAGAGUGUGCUUAGGGAAGACCGAGAGAAGCUCCAUGUGAUGCAGAAGAGCCAGCCGUGCUUCACCGGGGAGCAGCAGAGAGAACUGGUGGAGGUCCACCCCUGGAUGAGGAGAGGAGGGCUGCCCAAGGUCAUGGAUGUCAAGUGUGAGCUGUGAGGAGGACACUCCAGAGGUGGUGUUGUCUGAGGAGCAGUCUGGCCUGGAUAUGGGAGACACAGAGACUGAGGAGGUCAGCCCCUCCAGGAAGCCCAGCGAGGAGCCCUUUAACAUGGACACCUGCCCCUCUUCUAGCCUUGGAUCAUCAUAGCCACAUCCAGCCCUGAAUCUGCCCGUUAAUUGUAGCACCAUGACCUCCGCAAAAGACUCAUUCUCAAGUGACAUCAAUUAUUCACCAAGUCCCACCCUCAGCUGUCCCUGACAAGGCCAUUUUUUAUUUUAUUUAACCAGGCAAGUCAGUUAAGAACAAGUUAUUAUUUACAAUGACAGCCUACCGGGUGAUCAGUGGGUUAACUGCCCUGUUCAGGGGCAAAACGACAAGAUUUUUACCUUGUCAGCUCAGGGAUUCGAUCCAGCACUAGGCUACCUGCUGCCCCAUAUUAGACUGCCUAGUACUGCUUGCAUCCUGCGGGUACAAACCUUUUCUACAACAAACAAAUCUGUAUGGAAAUUCUGCUACAGCCUGAGAGACCAGGGAACAUAGACUGUUACAUCCCACCUGGUCAAUUCAUUUUCUCUGUGUGUGUGUGUGUGUGUGUGUGUGUGUGAGAGAGAGGAAAAAGAAGAGAGUGAGUUACAGUGUGUCCACAACACAGUUCAUGUUCUAUCAAUUGUUUUUUCACUUAUUGCAAUUAAUAGGUUUUUUCACUUAUUGAAAUGAAUGUUUUCAUUGAAAACGUUUUGACUGUAGUAGUCUUGUAUUUGUGUUAAUUUAGAGCCCUGGGGCUAGCAUCAACAUUUUAACACUGGUGCGCCCAACUGAAAGAAGUUAGGAGCACCUCAUGAAAUGUAGGAGCACCAGAAUAUAUAAUUUUUUAUUGUAAUACAGCCUAUAUUGGGCCUAUACGAAUUCGAGGUACUUUUGAAGGACAUGAUUUGCCCUAGAAACUAAUAUGUAAUAUGUAUAUAAGAUAUGAAUUUAUUGUAAAAGCUACAAAAUAAAAUAAAAAUAUUUCACCUUUA